UGAAUCAUUAAGCCCCAGUGGAAUUUCUCCAGAAGGACAAAGCAUUUGGGAAUAUUAAAGCCGGAGGCGGCGGCUUUCUGAGCAUUGCCUUUAUGUUUUAUUAGAACACCAGGAGAUUUUAUCACCUUUGUUUUUCCCUGUUUCAUAAUUUACAAGGACAUUGUAAUUAAUUCUACUUGGCAUCAUUUUACAUGCUGUGAACUAAUGUUAUGAGUUCUGAAUAACCUUUUUCCAGGUAUCUUGGUAAAGGAAAGCUACUAUGAGUCACUCUGAUGAAACAUUCAGGUGUUUUGUGAAGAAUCCCAAGGCUAUAAAGCAGAAUCUCCACACGUCACCAUGAAAGGCCGAAUUGAUACUCCACAGGACCGGUGGUGCUUAGUGGGAAUCAUCUUCUUCAUUCUUGGCCUGGGAACGCUGCUGCCGUGGAAUUUCUUCAUGACUGCCUCACUGUACUUCCAAAGCCGCCUCAACAGCACGGAGCUGAAGAACGGGACAGCGGUCAGGAAGGAGUAUCACUUCAACAACUGGAUGACCUUUCUGUCCCAGCUGCCCCUGCUGGUCUUCACCCUGCUCAACUCCUUCAUGUACCAGAGGAUAUCGGAGGCCAUCCGCAUCGCAGGCAGCCUCGUCUUCAUCCUGCUGCUCUUCAUCCUCACCGCAGUCCUGGUGAAAGUGGACAUGAAUCAGGAUCUCUUCUUCUCUGUCACCAUGGCAACGAUCUGGUUCAUCAAUUCGUUCGGCGCCGUGCUGCAGGGCAGCCUGUUCGGCCUGGUCGGCCUGCUGCGGCAGAAGUACAGCGCCAUCUUCAUGAGCGGCCAGGGCCUCGCCGGGACCUUCGCCGCCAUCGCCAUGCUGCUCGCCAAAGCCAGUGAUGCAGACUUUGAUUCUGCUGCUUUGGGUUACUUUAUCACACCCUGUGUGGGAACUCUGGUCACCCUGUUGAGCUACCUGCUGCUGCCACGCAUGGAGUUUGCUCAGUUUUACCUGAACAGAAAGACCAAGUAUGAAGAAGGCACAAGGGACAAGCUGCUGACUGACGGAAAGCCUCUGGAGAACGGGAAGCCAAAUGGCCACGCUAACGGCGCGGUGGCCAGCACAGCCCUCUACAGCAUCAGUCAGGACGAGGCCAAGCUGGAAAUCAGUCCAGACCGGAGCGAAGAGGCCAACAGCUCUGCAGAAAAAGCCUCGGUGUUGGAAGUGUUUAAAAAGAUUCGGGUGAUGGCGUUCUGCGUGACGUUUGUGUUCACCGUCACUCUCUCCGUAUUCCCCGCCGUCACUGUCGACGUCCAAACAGCAUUCCCAGAUGGAAGAUGGGGACGCUUCUUUAUCGAGGUUUGUUGCUUCCUGGUUUUCAACAUUAACGACUGGUUUGGCCGGACCGUCACUACAAAGAUCCACUGGCCUCGGAAAGAGUCGUGCGUGUUCCCGAUCCUGGUGGUUGCCAGGGUGAUCUUCAUCCCCCUGCUGAUGCUGUGUAACGUCCAGCCGCGUUCCCACCUGCCCAUCAUCUUCUCCCACGACGCCGUUUUCACCCUCAUCAUGGCGCUUUUCUCCAUGUCCAGCGGUUACUUUGUGUGCCUCUCCAUGUCCUACGCGCCGCAACUGGUGGAGCCUAAAGAUGCAGAGACUGCAGGAGCCCUGAUGACCUUCUUCCUGGCCCUGGGUCUGUCCCUGGGGGCCGCCCUGUCCUUCCUCCUCAGGAGUCUGGUGUAGUUACCAUAGAAACGGCACGGAAAAGUAUCUCUACACUCCUUGGAGGAGUGGCUGUCAGUUUGUUUGUCCAAUAUUGGUUUUCAUAUGACGUUACCUGGUUCUGCUCAGCAUGUCGUUACAGUGGAACAGAGAAACAUUUCAGGGCUUUGAAUCCAGAACAAUCCGUAGAUCAUAGUGAAACCACUUCAGUUUUAUGGGUUUCCAUCUGGGUUUGUUUUAAGACAAAUAUUUUUGUAUUUUUUUCAUUUGUGCAUUGAUGUUUUGUAAGAAAGUAAAGCUGAAAGACAAAAAGAACUGAAAUAUGUACUGGAACAACAUUUCUGAGCAGUACAAGCUAAUUUGAUAGUGAAUAAUGCCAUCUGGUGGCUGAAAUGUGUAUUGUUGGACAUGUUGUCACAUUGACUAAUCAGUACCAGUAUUGUUUCUCUGAAUUUAUCUCCUCAUCACUUUGACUGGGGAGCAAUGUUCCCUCUAAGUGUUCAUGUGUCUGGGCAUACACACAAGCUUCCUGAGCACACUGAGGGCAUCACAGCGUGGGCAUCACAGCGUGGGCAUCACAGCGUGGGCACUGUGGGCAUCACAGCGUGGCCACUGUGGGCAUCACAGCGUGGCCAUCACAGCGUGGGCAUCACAGCGUGGACACUGUGGGCAUCACAGCAUGGGCAUCACAGCGUGGCCACGCACAACUAUUAUAAAUCUGGGUUCAUAGAAAGCUGCGCUAUGUGAGCAGUGCGAGCUUAGAGGGAACAUUGCUGGUGAGGUGCUUUUUUUUUUUUUGUGGUCCUACAUUCUGUGGGUUUACAUGGACACCAUGUGAUCUGCUGCUCUGCUUAUUUCCUGUCUAAAGAUCAAGCUGCAGUGUUCCGACGCAUUUAGUUUCAAACUUUGUCUUUUAAAUAAAACAAAAAAACAACACAGGCAUUUUUUCCGUACCGAUUCCCCGAUUUUUCUUAUUUUAUUUAUUUACCAUUAAGUCUAAAAUCUGAACUUAACUACGUAAUUAAGGUUUGGGUUUUAUCUAGUGAUUCCACAACGUCUGAGAAAAAUAAUGCUGGAAUCUUGUUUUCGGUUCCUCUUAAAGUAUUGAAAAUAAUUCUUUUUACUCCGACUUAAAACCUGGUUUUUCCAAAGGUUGAAAAAUGAUUUUAUUUUUUCAGUUCAUCAUAGAUGGUAGGAUUUGGGAGAUGAACUCUGUUUUACAGUGUGUGCUGCUUCAUGUUUUCUCGUUUUGACACCACUGGUGUUUUGUUUGUUUACCAAUAAAAUUUAUUUUUGGUCCAUUCAUGUCGACAAUGUGGCAGCUGUUGCUUAAACAUGUUUUCUUUACAAUGGGAUCAAAAAAUGCCUUGAAAGUGUCUGAUUUUGGUUAUAUUUUCUAUCGACUGCAAAAUGGAUCAACACAGUGAGGAGACGACAAAACUUCAAUAUUGGUUUUCAUAUGACGUUACCUGGUUCUGCUCAGCAUGUCGUUACAGUGGAUCAGAGAAACAUUUCAGGACUUUGAAUCCAGAACAAUCCGUAGAUCAUAGUGAAACCACUUCAGUUUUAUGGGUUUCCAUCUGGGUUUGUUUUAAGACAAAUAUUUUUGUAUUUUUUUUCAUUUGUGCAUUCAGUUAGAUGAAGACCAAUGCAUGAAAUCCAGUUCCAUCAGAACCGAUGGGGUUCUGAAAGAGAUUUAAAUGUUCGGGGGGAGUUGAUGAUUGUGUUGCCUUAACGCAUGACCUGGACAUGUUCUUGUUCCCACUUUGGAGAUGACAUGAAACUGUACAAGCAAAAUGUUUUUGUAUUCCAUCUGUAUCCAUAGCAAUAGAAUGCGUCCUGAUGUUUUCAGUUCCAACCAAAUGACCAUGUUGAGACGCACUGCUGUUCCGUUUAGUAAAGGGAAUCUUUUCAUUGGUCCUGUCAAUAAAUAAAUUCCAACAGUU